AUGGGCAAGACAAGAGGAAAGUUUUUGAAUAAGGACGAAGUCCCUAAACCAAAACGAAGACGUCGCAGGAAAGAUCUCGACGAUAUGCACUCGAGGAUCUCGAAAAUAAAGAGAAAGUCGAAAUUAUUACGCGCGGAUUAUUACAAUGUCGAACGACAUAUUCGUACCUUCCAUGAACCACAUUGUUACACGGAUGUAUCUGAUGCAAAGAAGGAUAAAGUAGAAAAAAAUUGCAAUGAAAAUUGGCACAGCAAGCCGAUACUGUCAAAAAUCCACAACAAAUAUAUAAAGCCAGUAUAUGCAGGUAUAUUCAGAAAUGGCACAAAGAGUAAAACUAUCAAGAAAGGAAAAUAUGAAAAUGUGGUCUCUAAAGCCAGAUUAGCAGGAGAUGUGUUGAAACUUUUCGAUGGAGAAACAGAAACAAUACACGCAUUAAGAAACACAAUGGAGGAUAAAUCUACCAAUCAAUUAUUUGAUAAAGAGUCGGUGGAAAAUAAUUCAGAAGAAUCGCUACAUAUUCCGGAAAAGAGUCCUGUAUUAGGAAGGAAACAAAGUAAAAGUCGGAAGGAACAUUUGGAAGAUACUUCUAUGCAGAAUAAAGAGAUGGAAAUUCUAUUUGAACCAAUUGAUAUUCCUGAGGUCGUUAUUAUUUGCAAUUCUGAGACAGAAAAAAUGAUGGAGGAAAAAGAAAAGGCCGAAGAGAAAAGAGAAAUAACAUAUUUGGAAUAUAAUAAAAAUACACUUCGCAACUCGGAGAAACGUGAUUUUCUCUCGAAAUUAUGCCAAAAAGUGUGCGACGAAUUGAAAAAUGUACUAAUUAAAGCAGAAGAUCCUCUUUUAGUAGCGCGAAGGAAGCUGAAGGAUAUUUGCGAUUGUCCGGAAGUAAAACCGCCCAAAACAGCUGAAAAAUCGUCAAAUUCAAGAUCGCCUGAGUUAUUUGUAUUAUCGGAACAUCAGACUUACGUACACUCCAGUGAUUCGCAGCCAUCUAUCAUCCAGUUUCUGAAGAAUCGUAAAGCCAUUAGUUAUCCUUCGAAAAGUGGUCGAUAUAAUGGAGAGAAUUUCACCGAUUUCAGCAUCGCUCGGAUAACGUCCGCAGAUUUUCAUCCAUGGCGGGACAAGAGACACUUCAACGCCUCAAUCUCACAGAGUGAUAAUUUGAAAUUGCCACCGAAGAAACUAUUUUCUCUAAGGUCUCAAGAAGAAACCUCAACGCAGCUGGACGACGGAGAAGUUAUCACUAUUUACGACAGUGACGAGCCGAACGAUACAUCUGAGAUAUAUCCGAAGGCGAUAGACAGACCCCGGUCAAGUAACGAGGAGAAGUUUUGCGAGAAGGAUUUCGUUAACAUGUUUCGAAAUCUGCCGACACCCAGCACGGUGAAUCGACGAUUCUCUCGAAGGCUGAAGGUGCCGGAAUUUCGAACGGAAUCGAUGAAAGUAGAGACGAAGUCGGGAAUAUUCGAGAAGCCCAGUACAGACCUGUACAUCGAUGAUUCGAAGAACAGAGAAGAAAACGAAAUUGUUCGAUUCCGCGAUACGGCAUGUUUGCAAAAUCCCCUCGAUAUGUUAACCGAAGCAGCGACAAUGAUCGAGAAUCAGCCUCCACCGCGAACUGUGAACGUAUUUAUGGACACAUACGUUCCUAUUCAUUCAAGUUGCUACAACUCGUCCAGCUAUCAACCUUCACCGUUUUUCUCUUUACACGACAAAAACUUCCCCUCGAACUUCAACGUAGAGCCAGCAAAGGUAAAAUACAGGAUUAGAAAAGUGUCUCGUCGCGAAGACGAGCAUACCUGUCUCAAUCGUUCCGACUGUUUGCACGAAUGUAACAUCUCGCAAGCGUGUCAGAAUCACGCGGAAGCCGCACGGGCGACAAUGUUGACGACUGGAUGCUUGUGUGUCCCGACAUGCAACGGUGACAUUAAUCCACAGAAAAGUGUGGGUCACUUGGGUGUGAUACCACUGGUGGUAGGCCAUGUUCCGUAUACGUGCCCGCAACAGCUCGAGGAUCGUCGUCAAGUGGUGCAUCUGCAAAAUUUUAGUCAACCUGUCAAGUAUUACGCCUUGGACGUGAAUGGCGUGAACGCCCGUAAAAUGCCGGUGUACGCGAGCGAUGGUGUGUGCGAGUGUCGCGACCACCGCAGACAUCAUCGUAUCAUUGCGUCCUACGAUAAACGGGAAUGAGCGUGAUCUACGUUAAUCUCGCGAAAUGUCAUGAGAUAAGGAAUAAUAAUACCGAUGCGAAUAAGUGUAAUGCCGUGUGAAAUUAAUCCGGAAUCUUUUCAACUUAGUGCUUUCAUUAAAACCUGCGCUUUUUGUUCGUGAAUUGUGCAUUCUGUACAUACUGAUUGCCUUUAUCAAACGGAUAUUGCAGUAUAUUUCUGCCAUUUGUCGCUGUGAACCCUAAUUUGGUAACUUGAAACACAUUUCAGAAAAUUGGAAGAAAAAACUAAAUGUGUACUCAUUCUUAUAUAUUUAAUUUGGGUUUUCUCCUUUUUUUUUUCGUAUAAUAAAUCAAUGCUAAUUCGUGCCGCAUUGUGUAUUUGGAAUAAUGUCGAUAUCUUCUUUCGCUUAGUUAGUGAAAAAUGAAACAACAAAAACAAGGUAAAUGGAAACAUAUAAUAAUUUCCUUCAGUUCCUCUGAGAGUCUCUUUUUUUUUCAUAUUCAGUUCUCCCGGCUUUGGUAGAUCUAUUAAGCCUCGUUCUUUGAGCUAUUCGCUUCCGCACAUUCACCGUCAAACCAUUCAUUCUUUAUACGCCUGUUCUCGUGCCGGUCGAAUGAUGUCGUUGCAACCCCGAUUGAUAGGUGACUCGAGGAUCUGCCAUUACUUAUUUAUGUCUCUCGUUAUUCACGCAUUCCUGCGUUCGGUUCCUCGUCACUUUCUCCUCAUAACAUUGACACAUACUUUAGGGUCUUUAAGUUUCUGGAUCCUGAGCUUAGGAAUCUUGGUGACUUGAGUUGCCUUCUAUAUUGGCAUGGUAAAGCCAAAAUGACCAACUUUGGAAUAGCUCGGAGAGCUAUAACUUCACACAGAUUGCAAAGGAAUGUUUCGCUUCUUGACAAUCUCGUAACAGAUUAGACAAUCACGACGGUUUAUUCACCUAUUUAUAAAUUUUUCGAGACACAUAUUCCGCGAAGCUAAUUCCGAUAGAUUCGAAUGUAUAAUUUAAACACAUGGUAUUGCCAGAGCUCAUAAAAACGAUGAAAUAUUUGUUGACAGUUUGUAGGCACCGCUAUAAGAUAAAUCAUGUGACAAUAAGUGAGCCUUUAAGAAGUUUAAUUUUAGUGCCCAAGCCGCUGGCUUAUAUGCCUAACUUUCCAAAAUUAAGGAAUUUCCAAAGUUGAUCAUUUUGGUUUUUGAGAAACUUAAUAGUAAUAUAAGUAAUAAUAAAAUAUGAUAUAGUAAUGUUCUAAUUAUUUUAUAAUGUAAUGAUUUGAUAAAGAUAAAUCAGGUGAAAUGGAAAGAUAUAUUAUUAAUUACUUAAAUUUAAAUAUUACUUAAACAUAAACUUAAAAAUUAAAGAUAUAUUAUUAAUUACUUAACAGUUGAUGGUAACGAAGAAGCGUUAAUGGUGUUGUUAACGUGAAAUUACUUGACGCUAAAGUUUCAUAUAUUAUUUGUAACACAUGGAUUAAUCGUAAUAAACUCCUUGAUAGAAUUUACUUUGCGAAACCUUUG